UACCUGCUGAAGCUCUGGUUACCAGCACCAGUCUGCAAAGUGGGUUGGGCGGUGGGAGCCGUCAGGAUGGGCAUACUGGGGGAGGGGAAGGGUGACCACAUGGGUGAGGGUCCAGGUGCUGCUGCAGGCUGCUCCCCACAGUGGGCAGCCAGAGCCCCUAGUGUCCAGCACCCACACGUGGCGGCCUUGGCAUCUGAGUGGCUUUCCCCAUGAGCCCCUCCUUGUAGGUGGACCCUCUGGGAGUGAGGAGUGAAAGUGUUGGGCUGUGCAGCCCCUGCCUCGUCACUGGUGGGACCCUGCCCUGCUGUGCAGUGGGGUCCUUCAUGCUGGGAUCUUUGUGGUCCCCAUUCUUGGAGAGAGGCCCAGGGUGGCAGACAGGAAGGGUGGAGGGCAAAGGGAGGGGAGGAGAGAGAGGCAGGCCGGGGGGGUGGGUCGGGGGGUAGGCUGGGGCAGUGACUUCCGUGGAGGAGAAGCCUUUCAUAAGCUCCAGCCUUCCUGUGGCCGCAGCAGGACCAGAGUGGACCAGCGCACUCCAGGAGAGAGGACUGGAGCCCCAGGAGUAGGAGGAGCCCAAGCACCAUGAGCUCCGGAGCCCCUGCACACCUCGGCCUCUGCCUCUGGCUGUGGCUGGGCGCCACCCUGGGAAGAGAGCAAGGACAAGCAAGUGGCCUCCUGAGGCUGUCUGUGCUGCCUGAGGACCGGCUGCAGAUGAAGUGGAGAGAGUCGGAGGGGAGCGGCCUCGGCUACCUGGUGCAGGUGAAGCCCAUGGCAGGGGACUCGGAACAGGAGGUGAUACUGACCACCAAGACCCCUAAGGCCACAGUGGGGGGCCUGAGCCCCUCCAAGGGCUACACCUUGCAGAUCUUCGAGCUCACUGGCUCUGGGCGUCUCCUGCUGGCUCGGAGGGAGUUUGUGAUUGAGGAUCUGAAGAGUAGCUCCCUGGACAGAAGCAGCCAGAGGCCCCUCGGCUCUGGAGCCCCGGAGCCCACCCCCUCCCACGUGGGGAGCCCAGACCCUGAGCAGGCUUCUGAGCCCCGAGUUGCCUCCGCGCCAAGCCAGGAUCCGCCCCCUCCUGCCGGCCCCCACUUCCGCUGCCUGCCCCCCGUGCCUGCUGACAUGGUCUUCCUGGUGGACGGGUCCUGGAGCAUUGGCCACAGUCACUUCCAGCAGGUCAAGGAGUUCCUGGCCAGUGUCAUCGCACCCUUUGAAAUCGGGCCGGAUAAAGUCCAAGUAGGCCUGACUCAGUACAGCGGGGAUGCCCAGACUGAGUGGGACCUGAACUCCCUCAGCACCAAGGAGCAGGUGCUGGCAGCUGUGCGCCGCCUCCGCUACAAGGGGGGAAACACGUUCACAGGCCUUGCCCUGACCCACGUGCUGGGGCAGAACCUGCAGCCGGCGGCUGGCCUCCGUCCAGAGGCGGCCAAGGUGGUGAUUCUGGUGACAGACGGCAAGUCCCAGGACGAUGUGCACACUGCUGCCCGUGUCCUCAAGGACCUGGGCGUGAACGUCUUCGCUGUGGGUGUGAAGAAUGCCGAUGAGGCUGAGCUGAGGCUCCUGGCAUCCCCACCGCGGGACAUCACUGUCCACAAUGUGCUGGACUUCCUGCAGCUUGGCGCGCUGGCUGGGCUGCUCAGCCGCCUCAUCUGCCAGAUGCUCCAGGGUGGGAGCCCGCGGCAGGGCCCAGCAGUGGCUCCAGCCCUGGACACCCUCCCCGCCCCCACCAGCCUGGUCCUGAGCCAGGUGACCUCCUCCAGCAUCCGCCUGUCGUGGACUCCAGCCCCCCGGCUCCCCCUCAAGUAUCUGAUCGUUUGGCAAGCCUCCAGAGGUGGCACCCCCAGGGAGGUGGUGGUGGAGGGGCCCGCCGCCUCCAUGGAGCUGCACAACCUGGCCUCCCGCACAGAGUACUUGGUCUCCGUGUUCCCCAUCUAUGAGGGCGGUGUUGGCGAAGGCCUUCGGGGCCUGGUGACCACAGCACCUCUGCCCCCGCCCCGGGCGCUGACCCUGGCCGCAGUGACGCCCAGAACCGUCCACCUCACCUGGCAGCCCUCGGCUGGGGCCACCCGCUACCUGGUGCGAUGUUCUCCUGCUUCCCCCAAGGGUGAGGAGGAGGAGCGAGAGGUGCAGGUCGGGCGGCCCGAGGUGCUGCUGGAUGGCCUGGAACCGGGCAGGGACUAUGAGGUCUCCGUGCAGAGCCUGCGAGGCCCUGAGGGCAGUGAGGCCCGGGGCAUCCGUGCCAGGACCCCCGCCCUGGCCCCCCCGAGACACCUGGGCUUCUCAGACGUGAGCCACAACGCGGCACGAGUGUUCUGGGAGGGCGCUCCGAGGCCUGUGCGCCUGGUCAGGGUCACCUAUGCCUCCAGCGAGGGCGGACACUCAGGGCAGACAGAGGCUCCUGGGAACGCCACCUCGGCCACGCUGGGGCCUCUCUCUUCCUCCACCACCUACACUGUCCGCGUCACCUGCCUCUACCCUGGUGGAGGUUCCUCUACGCUGACUGGCCGGGUGACCACCAAGAAAGCUCCCAGCCCAAGCCAGCUGUCUGUGACGGAGCUGCCAGGGGACGCGGUCCAGCUGGCGUGGGUAGCCGCAGCCCCAUCUGGCGUGCUUGUCUACCAGAUCAAGUGGACGCCCCUGGGAGAGGGGAAGGCUCGCGAGAUCUCUGUCCCAGGGAACCUCGGCACGGCCAUCCUGCCUGGCCUAGGGAGGCACACGGAGUACGACAUCACCAUCCUGGCCUACUACAGGGAUGGGGCCCGCAGUGACCCUGUGUCCCUCCGCUAUACCCCCUCCACAGUGAGCAGGAGCCCCCCCUCCAACCUGGCCCUGGCCUCGGAGACCCCCGACAGCCUGCAGGUCAGCUGGACACCCCCGCUUGGCCGCGUGCUCCAUUACUGGCUCACCUACACGCCCGCCUCUGGCUUGGGACCCGAGAAAUCCGUCUCUGUGCCAGGACCCAGGAGCCACGUGACACUCCCCGACCUGCAGGCAGCCACCAAGUACAGGGUCCUGGUCUCAGCUGUCUAUGCAGCAGGCAGGAGUGAGGCUGUGUCUGCCACGGGCCAGACAGCAGCCUGCCCAGCCCUCCGCCCCAACGGCUCCCUCCCAGGGUUUGACCUGAUGGUGGCCUUUGGCCUGGUGGAAAAGGCUUAUGCUUCCAUCCGGGGCGUGGCCAUGGAGCCCUCUGCCUUCGGUGGGACCCCGACCUUUACGCUCUUCAAGGAUGCGCAGCUGACAAGACGGGUCAGUGACGUCCACCCAGCCCCCCUCCCUCCAGAGCACACCAUCGUCUUCCUUGUGCGCCUGCUUCCCGAGACACCCCGUGAGGCCUUCGCGCUGUGGCAGAUGACGGCCGAGGACUUCCAGCCCCUCCUCGGGGUUCUGCUGGAUGGUGACAUGGGCCCCGCGUCGCCCCCAGCAGUCAGGAGGAGUGGGGGCAGGGAGGCCCCAGAGCCCUGGGAGGCCUUCAGAGGAAGUCCAACCUCCAGGCCAGGCCCUCAGCGCCCCCGGGGAGCAGGGGUGUUGGCGCCCACCCUGGGUGGGAGGCAGGUGUCCCUGCAGUGGACCGUGGGCCACAUUGAGGGUCACCUCCAGCUUGGCACCCUCAGGGCUGCUCCUGGCCUGUUGUGGGGGCUGCCCUGCUCAAGGUGUAGGCCCAGCUGGUCGCAGCCUGUUCUCACCUGCUCCACCCCUUCCCUGGCAGCCGGGAGGAAGUCCCUGACCUACUUCCACCGCGACCCCAGGGCUGCCUUGCAGGAGGCCACCUUCGACCCACAGGAAGUGAGGAAGAUUUUCUUCGGGAGCUUCCACAAGGUGCACGUGGCUGUGGGCCGCUCCAAGGUCAGGCUCUAUGUGGACUGCCGGAAGGUGGCUGAGCGGCCCCUCGGGGAGGUGGGCAGCCCACCCGCUGCCGGCUUCAUCACACUGGGGAGGCUGGCCAAGGCCAGGGGCCCCCGGAGCAGCUCGGCCGCGUUUCAGCUCCAGAUGCUGCAGGUCGUGUGCAGUGACACCUGGGCCAAUGAGGACCGGUGCUGUGAGCUCCCUGCCUCGAGGGAUGGAGAGACCUGCCCGGCCUUUGUGUCUGCCUGUUCCUGUUCCUCAGAGACCCCUGGGCCCCCAGGGCCCCAAGGACCCCCAGGCCUCCCUGGGAGGAAUGGCACCCCAGGAGAGCAGGGCUUCCCAGGGCCCAGGGGAGAGCCUGGGCCACCUGGACAGAUGGGACCAGAAGGUCCUGGAGGCCAGCAGGGGUCGCCAGGGACCCAGGGCCGCACAGUCCAGGGGCCUGUGGGUCCACCAGGGGUCAAAGGAGAGAAAGGAGACCAUGGGCUCCCAGGCUUGCAGGGCCACCCCGGCCACCAGGGCAUCCCCGGGAGAGUUGGCCUCCAGGGACCAAAGGGAAUGAGAGGCCUGGAGGGAACUGCUGGCCUGCCCGGACCCCCUGGCCCCAGGGGGUUCCAGGGCAUGGCAGGGGCCAGGGGCACUAGUGGAGAGCGAGGACCUCCAGGGGCCGUGGGGCCCACAGGGCUGCCGGGGCCCAAAGGGGAACGAGGAGAGAAGGGCGAGCCGCAGUCCCUUGCCACCCUCUACCAGCUCGUGAGCCAGGCCUGUGAGUCUGCCAUCCAGACACACGUGUCAAAGUUCGACUCCUUCUACGAGAACACCAGGCCCCCCAUGCCCAUCUUGGAGCAGAAGCUGGAGCCAGGCACUGAGCCCCUGGGGUCCCCUGGCACCCGCAGCGAGGCCCUGCUUCCCGGAGAAUGGGGGCGUGGUGGCCGCCACCUUGAGAGCAGAGGGGAGCCUGGAGCUGUUGGUCAGAUGGCCAGCCCUGGGCAGCAGGGGGGCUAGCACCCAGGGCCUCUGGGAGUGACAGGACAUUUUCUGCACUGCCCCGAGGAACCCUGCGCCUUCCUCCCUGGGUUUGUCUGGACACCAAGAGCGACCACAUGCUGGAGAAAAGCUCAGGAAGAGCCUGAAGGUGGAAGGAGAGGGAAGGAGUGGCCUCGGCCAAGGCCCACCCCAUGCCCUUGGCUCUGUAGCAUUUCCAAGUUCAGAUAAACCACUGAGUGCUCACCCA